GGAGCUGAGGCCAUGGACUAAAUGAAUGGAUUUCCUUUUACUGCGGACACCGAACUCCGAUAGCGACUCACAAUGGCAUCUCCCAGGCUCGAAACUUUCUGUUGCCCCAACAGAGACGCGUCCACGGAAUUCGUCAUUAAUUUUCAGCCAUUGUUUUUCAGCGGCAUCUGCAUCGGUAGUGCAGGCGUUAGCCUCGUUUUCUCCAUCCUACAGAUGUUGCCCAAACGGAGGAGCUACAGGCGCCUUGGACAAUAUCCGCUCCCCAAACCGGCCUCGUCUUCGAGAAUACUGUUCAUCAUCAGCGUGUGCGAUAUUCUUGGGUGUGCAGGUAUAAUUGUGAGGUCAUCCAUCUGGCUGGGCCUGCCUGACCUCAUUAGUGGGAUCUCUGAUGCCUCCAGCACUGAUGUGUGGCCAGAGGUGUUCUGCGUGGGCAGCGCGAUGUGGAUCCAGCUUUUCUUUAGUGCCUCCUUCUGGUGGACCUUUUGCUAUGCGGUAGACGUCUACCUCGUGGUGAAAAGAUCUGCCGGUUUGAGCACUAUUGUGUUGUAUCACAUGAUCACAUGGGGCCUGGCGGUACUGCUGUGCGUUGAAGGCGUGGCCAUGCUGUACUACCCCUCAAUUUCAAGCUGUGAGAAUGGCCUGCAGCACGCCGUACCGCAUUACAUCACCACCUACGCCCCCUUGCUGCUGGUCAUCAUCGUCAACCCCAUUCUCUUCGCCCGCACUGUGUCCGCAGUGACUUCACUGCUGAAGGGCCGGCAAGGAAUCUACACCGAGAAUGAGAGACGCCUGGGAACUGAGAUUAAAAUACGAUUCUUCAAAAUCAUGCUCGUUUUCAUGAUCUGCUGGUUGCCCAACAUCAUCAACGAGAGCCUGCUGUUCUACCUGGAGAUGCAGGCGGACAUCAAAGCUGGUCACCUGAAGAAUGUGCGCAACGCCACUCUCAUCACCUGGUUCAUUAUGGGCAUCCUCAACCCCAUGCAGGGGUUCUUGAAUACCUUGGCUUUCCACGGCUGGACAGGCUUCGAUGUAGACCUGAGCUUCCGGCCGCAACGCGAGCUGGCCUGGGACUCCGCCUCCACCUCGGCUGCCGCCACGGGCAGCUACAACCCCGUCGUGGGUUCCACCCUCCACUUCCAGAGCCACGUCCAGGAGGCCAAGAAGAACAUGGCCGCCAACGGUCAGCAGCCCUCCGACGCCAUCAGCGUGCUUUCGGAAGGUUCAGAGUCUAGUACAAUUGAAAUCCACAUUUCCAGUGAGCUGCGAGACUAUGAGGAUGUAGACGCAGACGUGGGAGAGUCGUGGGAGAACUCCACACAGCAGUAGCUGGGGAGAGGAACAGCAGCGACUGCCAGACUCGGCUCUCUCUGCGCUACUCCGGCCUGUGAAAGCUGUGCUCAAGGUUAUGCGUGGAACUCUAGCUGAGAGCUGGCCAGCCCUUCUACCUCUGGAGAG